CGCGCGAUCUCUACUCAAUCUUCAGCAUUUUCUCCUUUCAACUUCGGCUCCUUCGCCUUGCUCGCGGUCGCUCGCGGUCUUCGAUCGCUGUCGCGCCCCUUCAUAUCUGUAAAAUCUAAAGACUCGCCUUGGCCGCCGCCGUCCUCAUCCUUGCUCGCCGUUGUCCUCAUUCGUGAGCUCCUUCAGACUUUCAGCACCCAGUGUCACACAGUCCUUCCGCCGCGAGCGCCGCCGUGCUCAUCGUUUCUGGUUCGUCUAAGCUCAUUGUUGCUCUGCCUGGCGUUGCUCUUCAGGAUACAGGGAUUUAAGCUGCCAAGAUGGCUGCAAGUUUUGCAUCUAAGUCCUCUCGAGUGGGCCAUUCUCUGCUUGGUGGGCUGGGCAACAGUUUAUCUGGUUUAAUCACCACUUCACAAGAGAUCAUUUGUAGCAAAUUCUUGUCUCAGCAGCAGCAGCGCACCUUCAUUCAGAUGAGGACUGUUCUCAAGGUUGUGGAUAAUUCAGGGGCUAAGAAGGUUAUGUGCAUACAACCUCUGAAAGGGAGGAAAGGGGCAAGAUUGGGUGACACCAUAAUUGCAUCAGUCAAGGAAGCCCAUCCUAAUGGAAAAGUUAAAAAAGGAAAAGUUGUGUAUGGCGUGGUUGUGCGUGCGGCGAUGCAACGGGGGCGAUGUGAUGGCAGUGAGGUCAAGUUUGAUGAUAAUGCUGUGGUUCUUGUUGACAAGCAAGGGCAGCCAAUUGGGACGAGAGUUUUUGGACCAGUCCCACAUGAGCUGAGGAUGAAGAAACAUGUCAAAAUACUUACUUUAGCAGGGCACAUUGCUUAAAAUAUGGAGCAUCAUGACUCAAGGUUGGUCAAUUUGCUAUUAUUAAUUAGGUGUGAAGGUUUUAAGAUAUGAUAGAAUUGUCAUUUGUUUUGGGCGGCGGAGUAUGUGAUCUGGUUUUUGAUACUUGGACUUUUUUUUUUUUUAACUUAGACAGAUGUUUUGAAUGACUGCAUAAAUUUUUUAUGAGGAAUAAAAAUUACAGUGGGAAUAGGAAAGAUGAUAGAAUAUAAUGGGAGUCAGCUUCCCUCCGGCGGAAGCCCUCGCCCGCACUUCUACAAUUGAGAUGCGAAAA